CGGCGCGCAGCGGAGAGGAGCGGAGCAGUCCGGCCCAGCCCAGCGCAGCCCGGCGCGGGCAGACGCGAGCCGGCGGGUGGCGGUGGCGGUGGCUCCCAGCCCGGCUGGUGCUGGGCCUCCGACCGAGCCGCGGCCGAGCGGGGCCUCGGCCCGGGCUCUGGGGGAGCCCGCGGCGGCGGGCUGCAGGAGGAAGCGGCGGCGGCGCGUCCCGAGCCGUGCGCGCCAUGUCGGGCGGGCCCCCCAAGGCCCUGCCGUCCACUGGGCCCCACUCCCUGCGCGACAUGCCGCACCCGCUGGCCGGCUCCAGCAGCGAGGAGGCCGUGGGCGGCGACAGCACGCCCAGCCCGGACCUGCUGACGGCCCGCAGCUUCGGCGACAAGGAUCUCAUUUUGCCCAACGGUGGUACUCCAGCAGGCCCUGCAAGUCCAGCUUCUUCAUCUUCCCUUCUCAACAGACUACAACUUGAUGAUGACAUCGAUGGUGAGACCAGAGACCUCUUUGUCACGGUUGAUGAUCCCAAGAAGCAUGUCUGUACGAUGGAGACCUACAUCACUUACAGGAUCACCACGAAAAGUACUCGGGUGGAGUUUGACCUGCCAGAAUAUUCUGUUCGUCGAAGAUACCAGGAUUUUGACUGGUUGAGGAACAAACUGGAAGAAUCCCAGCCCACUCAUCUCAUUCCCCCACUUCCUGAGAAGUUUGUGGUGAAAGGUGUUGUGGAUCGUUUUUCAGAAGAGUUUGUGGAGACCAGAAGAAAAGCUUUGGAUAAAUUCCUGAAAAGAAUUACGGAUCAUCCUGUGCUUUCUUUCAAUGAACACUUUAAUGUUUUCCUUACUGCUAAGGACCUGAAUGCCCAUAAGAAGCAAGGGAUGGCGUUGCUGACUCGAGUGGGUGAGUCGGUCAAGCAUGUCACUGGCGGCUACAAGCUGAGGAGUCGGCCUCUUGAGUUUGCAGCCAUAGGCGAGUACUUAGACACAUUUGCGCUCAAGCUGGGAACCAUUGAUCGAAUAGCCCAGCGGAUCAUCAAGGAAGAAAUAGAGUACCUUGUAGAGCUGAGAGAAUAUGGGCCUGUGUACUCCACAUGGAGUGCGUUAGAGGGGGAGCUGGCUGAGCCCCUGGAGGGUGUGUCAGCCUGCAUCGGCAACUGCUCUGCAGCCUUGGAAGAGCUGACAGAGGACAUGACAGAAGACUUUCUACCUGUGCUUAGGGAAUAUAUUUUAUACUCUGACUCCAUGAAGAGCGUGCUGAAGAAAAGGGACCAAGUGCAAGCCGAGUACGAAGCCAAACUGGAAGCUGUGGCUCUGAGGAAGGAAGAGCGGCCCAAGGUACCAGCAGAUGUGGAGAAAUGUCAGGAUCGGAUGGAGUGUUUCAAUGCUGAUCUGAAAGCCGACAUGGAGAGGUGGCAGAACAGCAAGAGGCAGGACUUCCGGCAGCUGCUCAUGGGAAUGGCCGACAAGAACAUCCAAUAUUACGAGAAGUGCCUCAUGGCUUGGGAGUCGAUUAUCCCACUACUGCAGGAGAAGCAAGAGGCCAAGUAAGCUCCUUCUUGGGACAGAGACUCUCCUACCUAUGCAGGGCAUGGCGCCCACACUGGAAUGUCCCUGCAGUGCUAGAGCGGUGGCACCAAGAAGACAACCACAGAAACAUCUCUCUUUUGUGUAUUUCUUUCCCUUCCCCCCACCUUUGUCCGACAGUUGUUUUCAAUGAGUAUUUAUUCCUUGGUGGCGUCUGUAAGGCUGUCAUCAUCUCUCAGCAGAAGAAGCAUACCUCCGUGGUGUGAAGGAACCUGUUCGGUGGGACACUACGAAGAUUUGAAACUGAGGGACAAGACAGCCCUCAGCUGACAUUCUGACACCUCGUUAUAGUCCCCUCUUUGGGGACAGCGGAGUUGCCUGCCAUGGAAGAGAACCCGGGUCCUGCUUUGCAAGGCCGUGAGGAAGGCGUGAACAGAAGGCAGCUCCUGCUUUCCGUGGAUGCACAGUGGCUCUGGAAUUGACCUCCAUGGGCCUUGACUCGUCUUGGCCUAGAAGGAGGUGUCGGCGCCUCCGUGGAAAGCCCUUAAUGUGCAGCGUAGCUCUGAGUGUGGCCUGCUGCCUGCCUGUCAUGAGUGACACCUGUGUUAUGGUUUCCGGUUCGCGUAGGGCCGUUUAAUCAGUGUCUAGGUGCAUCCAUGCUAGAGCAAGCAAGCCAGCAUCCUUGUCCUUAUGCGAUGCCUUGGGAAGCUGAGGGGGCAGUGCUCCCCGAACUUGUUUCUGACACUAAAAUGUAGUAGAUUGGAAACUGUUUUGUGUAAAAUGAAAAAAAGGUGCAUUUUUCUCUGUGACGUUCUUCGAUGUUCUUUUGCUUGUUAAAUGUCAUCAGGGUAGAGAGUUAGGCCUGUUAGGGGUCAUCUGUUGUCUUGAAGUCAGAGUAGCUCCGAGGUGUUGAGGUCAGCGGGCAUAUACCAAGCCCCACCUCCCAUGUCUGCUUUGUGCAAUUUGCCUUUACCUCACCAAAAACUCCUAGUUUAAUGUCCCCUGCUGUGUCCAUUGAAUGUUUGGGCAACCUUUUGGGGAGAGGCUGGCAUAUUCUUAUGAUACAGUCAAGAUUUGUAAACUCAGUCUGAAUGCUCUACGUGAAGUGCUUUAACCUUACUCUUUCCUAGUCAGGAAGAAGAGUCUGUAUCCAGGUGGGCCUCAGAGAUGACAAGUGUGACAGCGAACUCUUUGCUACUAGUUAAGCUGAAACCUCCUCAGCUUGCAGCCACGUUCCUGGGGACGGCUGCAUCUAAAGUCUUCAUUUCAAACUAUUAACAGGUUUCCUUUUCAAGUGUGUCAACACAAAACAGACAGACAAAGAGGUUCUCUCUUCCAGCUCGUUUUUUUCCCCUCAUGAAGUAAAACUACCUGUGUCAUGUUUGUGUUCGCUCGUCUGUGGCUCAUCUCUAUAAAAUUACAAAUCUGAGCCUCAAAUAAGCGGUAGUACUAUUUUUUUAAUGAAACAGCUGUGCUGAGACACUGCUGCGUUUGCAAGUGAACCUGCAAAUACUGGUCAACGUGCAGACUGCUGAGGUCACUGCAUUCCGCUUCUAGCUGCAGAUCUUGGGGCAGCCACGGCUGUGAUGCUGGUGGGGCAGCCGUUGGACAGCCCAGGACAGUUUGGUUCUGCUUCAUCGUGUUUGAAAAAGUCGCGGUUUAAGUGAUAAUUUGUAUAUCAGUUGGUACUUGUGCACGCUGUUAGACCCCAUUUGUGCCAUUCUAAAAUCCUUUGAUGUGAAUUUUCUGUUUGGUACAAUUAGAGACGAUUCAUUGAAGCAGAAGGGUAAGAACAGUCCAUAGACCCCGAGUGGUGAGUCAGUGUUUCAUUCUACCUCUAAACCAUCCUGUUGGUGUGGGUGUCGACGUCCAGGUCCAGCCUGACAGCUUGCUGGUAGACUCGGGGCAUGUAUGUGAUAGUGGGUUGAUGGCCUUCUAUGGAUAUUUGGCAGAAAACACUAGACUGACCCAGAGGCGAAUGCUCAUCUUUGGGAACGUGUGAAGUCUUUCCUGGUGGAACGUAUGCUUUAUAAAUGUUGUCCAGUGUGACAAAUGCUUGGAAAGAACUGUGGAAGGAGUUACAGGAAGACUAGACUCUAGUCUGCUGCUAGUUGCCAAAGCCCAGGCACAUUCCUGUGGAAGGGUUAGAUGGGCGAGAAGGCAGCCCUACCAAAAAAAAAAAAAGAAAAAACCAUCAGGUUCCUUGCUAGGACAUAGGAAGGGGGUGGGGUACAGAGUCAUCCCCUUACAUUAUUGGAGGCGGAAGACUGGUUCUGAAGGGAUGCAGGCAUCUUGGGCUUUUAUCUUUCUCUGUUUGGUCGCCCUGUCAUGUGCCUGUGCUUUAACACUCCAGAGAGCUGGAACAAGGCAAACCGACCUCCAGCGUGCCAUUGAUAGCAGAGCUUGGAGGACCAGGGUGUCUUGCAGCCUUCCUUGGAGAAAUGGUCUUUCCAGAAAAGGGACCUUUGUCCCUUACUUCUGGCUGGCAUCUGAUGAGGUGAGGAGGCUGGCCCAGAAGGCAAGGGACAGUAGGCAGUGGAGGAGGCCCUCCAGCCCUUCCCACCCCGGCGGCUCCCUCGGGCCCCCGAGGGUCAGCAGCCCCAAGCAUUCACCUCUCCAUCUCCAUCAGCACGAAGGUGAUUCCCUGUGAGAAGUGUAACCCAGAGACUUCUGUGCCAAAGACUGCCUCGUAGAGGCUUCGUCACCCCAUCCUUCUUGGCUCCACAAAAGUCGGGGUGCUGAGAUCACCGACUCCUCUCUUGUAUUUAUUUUCCAAGAGGUUUUUGCUUGAGGAUGUGUCUUACCUCAGGCAGACACACGUGGACUGGUUGAGACUUGAGCACGUGGCAGUGGAGUGGAAAGUCAUCCCUGUCAACUGUCCCUGGGCCGGGGAAGUGAAAGGUUCCAUUCACCUGGGUUAGAAAUCCAGGCUAGGGCAGAAGCAAGAAUUCCUAGAAACUGAGCAGAUCUUAAAGAUGCAGAUGAGGUUGAAGAGAGCAGUUGCGAUUUGCAGCAGAUAUGGACACCGCUCGUCCUUACCACAUGCUGGAUCUCCAAGAAGACUCUAGGCUACUCUGCUCAAAGCAAGGAACCACUGCUCCUGCUCGAGCCAGGUUUGGGGUUGGAUUUUAUCAUUUUUUAAGACUUAACGAUGAUUCCUGGUGACCUCAGAAAAGUGCGAUUAUGGACGUGACGGGCUCGUAUUUCACCGUGCUGCUCAUUGAACCCACCACACACCUUUCUUUAGCCGAAAUAACAAAAACCAGCACGACUCUGGGGAUGGUGGUGAAUGUAACCUAAGUUUGUCUCCAUGCCAAAUUUCAGCCACGCCCAGAGUGUGUCCUUCGUGUUAUUGACUUGACUGUGUUUUCUCAGUGGCUGUCCACACGAGGGAAUUAAACGCACACCGGCUGCUCGUUUCUUGUGAGGCUGCCAUUUGUGUUGGGACGAUGGGCUGCUCUGUUUAGAGAAGGGCACGGUGCCGUGUGGCGGUGUGCACAUGGACUUUCUCUGGGGACCGUAUCAGCCUAAGAGGCACCCAGAGGUUGCGUGACUUGGCCCUGCUGUUGAUAGCAUUGAAAUCAUGGGCACCUGGCUCUGUUUCGAUGCCAUUCGUUGGGCCACACAAGAGUCAUUCUCUGCCCUGUGUCCUGAGCUGGUGAGAGUGGAGGGAGGGCCAGGGCCAGAGCAGCCUGUCUUCUGAGCAGAAGCGGCCCUUUAGAGCAGCCAGAGUAGAGCCCAGUUUUAACCCAUCCCAAGACCCAACACAGGUCUGCCUGUUGUCAGCGUACAGCACACCAGUCCUGGUCCCCACCUUCCCAGACACCUACUUUCAAGGUCUGUGGAAACUGGGUAAUCUCAUCCUAAGGCUGGGGUAACACUGCUUUGGCCUUCCCUAUCUGCAAAAUUAUUUUGGGAAUUUGGGUGUACCUUCUCACUUUCAAAAAUCCUCAAUGUGCCACCAGGUUGAACACGCCCUCUCACUUACUGUGUUUUCUCUAUUCAGACGACAUUUCCCUCAAAUUUACCUGCCAUCCCCCGGGCCAGACCUACAGAUUGAGCUGGGUGUGUUGGGAGUUGUUCGCCUCUUUGUGGUUUGUUAAUUCAGUGAAUAAACCAGGAACCUGAUUUUUCAUCAACCCACCCAAUAGGUGGUUUGCUUUCUGUAUUAAGGAUAUCUGGUCUCUCCAUAGUUGCACAGAUCAGAGCAUGCGCAGGGCUGUCUACAUUAGAAAAGGUUUGGGGUGGGGAGCAGUUACAGAGGGUGUGACUGUUUUUUCUUAAUCAUAUGUCUUUGAAAUGCUCUCUGGGUGUGACUGUCUGACCCCUUCUGUGUGGCAAAAGAAAUACGUUAUCGAGGUAGUUUUUACUACUAUAGAUAGUCUGUAAAUAAGUGCUUUGAAGAAAUAACGUUAACAAACCAGUAAGAUAUUUGUCUCAUUCAUAAACAUUUUGUGUAUUUAGCACUUGAAAGUCAACAAAUCCAGACUUUUAGAAAUGCCACAGACUGUUAAAAGCCUAACUCUACUUUUUGAGAAGUUGUCAACACCUGCUAAUAUGCCUUAUUCUUCAACUACUGUUUUUUAGAUUCUGGAUAGAAAGGGUUUUUAGAGUUGUAAUCAGUUGUUCAGUUUAAAUACUUGAGGCCUAACAUAGCCAGUCUUUGUUCCUCUUAAAGAAACAAGCAAGAAAUUGAGGUUCAUAAUUAGGGCUGCCUUUUGGGAGGAGAAAGCUAAGUAUUGCUAUUGCCAAAUGAUAUUUUUGAUAAUGUAAGGAAACACAGGGACCACAAAACCUUUUUUUGUUGUUGUUGUUGUUUUAAAGUGUGAAAGAUUAAUUUAGUGCCUUUUGGCACAUUUUUGAUAUUACGGUAUCAGCAUCGACAAAUCACUUAGAUACAGAGAACUCUAUAGAUUAUGACAAUAUUAAAUGUUUACCCUGAUUCUGUAGAACAGCUUCUUAAAAGAUACCGUGGGGGCCUCAGAGCAGCAUAUUUUACAUAGAAGUUCUCCGCAGGUUGAAAUGCCAAAAACACGAAACGUGCUGUUGACUCACGUAAUUUAGUCCUUUGUCAUAGAGCUUUUACUAUUAAAACCAGUGAUUGGGUACAGCACGUGCGCCUCUCUGGGCGGCGCUGCCCUCUCACCAGGUGAUUCUGGGCGGCCUGUAGGCCAGGUGUGAGCAGGUAACACCUGCCAGCUCCCCUGUGUGACAGGCUGGCUCACAGUCUCAGACCAUCCCUCCAGUCACAGAUGAUACUCGAAGGAGGGAAGGGGGAUUGCUUUUUCCCCAGUGGGGAAGUGGGGAGGGGAAAGUACAUUGCAAACAAAAAUGUGACUCAGUGGGAUAAAACAAGGCCCGUGUCAGCUGGGCCCCCAUCGAAUAACAAACCAGCAGUUCUUAGCAGUCAGCACCGUUCUCCUGGGCACCCCUGAGGUUUUGGUCCUGUACUAUAGCGCCCUGUCCGUUGUACCCUUGUACCUGUUCCCUUGACGUCUGUGUGUCGGGAAUGCGUUCAGACAUGAUGUACAUCUGAUACAUUCCCGUGAAAUAAACUGCCAGCAAACUUUCUAACUUGUAUUUUAACUGUUGGAAAAACAAACAAACAAGCAAAAAAACCCUUUUGCUUAGGUCAUGUCCAAAUUAGGGACUGUUUAUUAUUUUAGAAAUCAUUCUUUACAUUUAAAAUUUUAAAAGAAAAACCCUGAGGUAUUGAUCAAGUCCUCCGUGUAAAUGUGUUCUCUUCUCUCCAUGCUGCUGUUAAGCCAAAUCAAAAGCUGUGGGGGAAAAAAAAAAAAAAAAUGUGCUUGAGAAUGUGUGUUGUAGAUGAGAAGGCAACUUAUUUACAGAUCAAAGUCUUUGUUUCAUGAAGCUACCAAACUUUAAAAAGAACGUCACCUUUUUUUUUUCCUUUGUUAUGGAACCCAGAGAUUAUAAAGAGAAAAAAGUUCUUGUUGCAUUUUUGAUGCUGGCAUGAGGUUUUUGUCCACUUUUUUUCAUAUAUCUGCGUAUAAAAAAUUCUGUCCAUUGUGUACUAUGGGAUUAGUAUUACAUUUCAAGGUAAACAAAAGAAUUUGUAUUGCUUGAUAAACUAUUA